AGGGUGAGAUGCCGCGAGACCAAACGGACCCCCCUCUCCUCAACCUCCACGCACUCUCUCGCUCUCCUGCCCAUUCCCCCCUUUAACCUUUUUCACCCUUAAAAGUACAACAGAUUCACCAAAAUGCCACUCAAAAGUGUAAAAUCUCGUUAAAUUCUCCAUCCCUGCAAGCUCCGGUAACCGAUCACCGGACCAGAAACCAAGCAACAUGCAACCGGGAGAGACAGUUUCCCGGUCAGCUCUAGAAAAACCCCUUCACCAACUAACCGAAGAUGACAUUUCUCAGCUCACUCGCGAAGAUUGCCGCCGUUACCUCAAAGAAAAAGGUAUGAGAAGGCCGUCGUGGAACAAAUCGCAGGCAAUACAGCAAGUGAUUUCACUCAAGACACUCCUAGAAACGACGCCGGAGACAGAAUCUCCAAGGCGACGACUCUACAUUCCCCCUCCUGAUAACCCUCCGCGUGCCCCUGCAAAUUCCUCUGUCUCGGCGAGUGGAGAAAGUGCCGAUGCACCGAUCUUGGUGUCAGCUGAGGAGUUAGUACCGUCCCGGCAACCCGAUCCCCCGAAUCCCGUUGUUCCCACUGAUCCUCCGCCUCCGGUGUUUGUCGCUGCCACCGAAAAUGAUUCCGUUUCUCCAAGAACUACAGGGGCGGCAAAAGAAUCAGCAGGACAGAUGACAAUUUUUUACUGUGGGAAGGUAAACGUCUAUGAUCAUGUACCGAGAGAUAAGGCACAAUUAAUAAUGCAUCUUGCUGCAAGCCCAUUUGCUCCACCUCAGGAAGCUUCUUCAAACGUAAUUCCAGCACUAUGGCCUAUUCCAUGUCAAUUAGAAACUCCAGGUGUCAAAGCAACUCCAAAUUCCACUGUGGUGAUCUUCCCAAACCUGCCAACAGUGAAAGGCGCGGAUGAUGGUCGGCUUCCCCAGGAAGAAAGCAACAUAGCUCGUGAAGACAACCUAGAAGGCUCAACAAGCAGAAAAGCAUCCUUGCAAAGAUAUUUAGAGAAGAAGAAAGACAGGUUAAAGAACAAGAGAAAGGUGGCAAUGACUUCUGCUAGCGUAGACAUCUACUUAAACCAUCGGGUUGGAGAUCAAAUCUCAAAUGAUCAUUGGAACCUAAAUGAUGCCUGCUCAUCUCCCCAACCUAGACCUCCUCAAACGCCUAAUAGAUGCAACUCUAUUGACAAUUUAGCAAAAAAUGGCAGCUUUUCAGCUGAUCUUAAUGAAAAAGAUGCCCCGGAAAUCUGAAUGUGUGGAGGAUGAAUGUGUUAUGCAGCGCGACCCAUUUUGAUAUUAAUCAAGGCAGUAGAGUUUAGCUCACUUGGAAGAGUUUGUACUGUAAGGUAUAAAGUUUGUUGUAGUAGUUGCGGCCAUUUUUAAGUUAUUAAUGAGGAAACAAAUUCGAAGUGAAGAUCUAUCAACACCUCUCCACCCUUUGCGUGUAUCCCUCUCUAUGUUAAACGAUCAUGUGGUUGAAGAAGGGCAACGAUAGUGUGGUUGCGUGAGGGAGUGUUUAGGAUUAGACUAUGGAAGAAGUUUUUAAAAUUAUUUUUCACAUAAAAAUAUAUCAAAAUAACAGGGGAUUAGUUGCUGUGUAUAAGCCUGCAAGUCUAGAUAAGCAGACACCAUGAGAUCUGACAAGAUACAUGACAUGAAAUAUGAAAUGAUACCCACGAAUCUCAAUC